AUGCCACUGCCAGGAGAACACAACUUCACCCCAGACUUCACCCUAACUCCCUCCAACCUCCACGACUACCACACUCACGGCUACAUCCUACUGAGGAACUUCCUGGCUCCCUCCGAGGUGGACAAUACUCUCCGGGUGUUUACAGAGACAGAUGUUAUAGAGCGGUUUGGGUAUGGCAUUCCUGACGCUUCUGGCAGAAUGCCAAGGAUGGUUUUAUGGAAUACCCCUGGGGAUGAUGUUACUGGAAUGAUAUGCAGGUGUGAGAAGGUAGUGAGCACUGCUGAACAACUCCUAGGAGGAGAAGUGUACCACUACCACAGCAAGAUGGUGAUGAAGGAGCCCCUGAUAGGAGGGAAGCAGGAGUGGCACCAGGACUAUGGUUACUGGUACAACAACGGGUUGCUUACCCCUGACGCUCUCAGUGUCUUCAUCCCUCUGGAUACGUGUACUAGGGAGAAUGGGUGUCUUCAAGUUAUUGCAGGGUCCCAUAAGUGCGGGAAGAUCGAGCAUGGGCUUGUAGCUGGACAAACUGGGGCGAAUCUGGAGAGAGUGGAGGAGAUUCAGGGGGAUAAAACGGGGAGGUUUAGGCACCUUUUUGUGGAGAUGUCACCCGGUGAUGCGCUGUUCUUUCACUCGAAUGUUCUGCAUAUGAGUGAGCCGAAUGACUCGGAGAAGAUAAGAAGAGCUCUGAUUCUGGCUUAUAACAGGAGGGAUAACUCAGCAGGAAGGAAGGAGGUUACCGGGCAUCAUCCUAUGUAUUCGCCUAUUGAGAGGGUCCCUGAUUCGGCUAUAUUGGGUUGCGAUAAUUUCAGUGAUUUUACUGGAAAGGACUUUUUGUUACCUGCAAACGACAAGACAGUUACAGCUGCUAAAUAAAGAUGUAUUAUUUUCUUAGUUUGGUCUUGUUAUACCUCAUCAGUGUUAGGAUUUAC